AUGAGAAAAAUACACAAAAAUACUUUUCUAGACAAGGCCCAUUUGUGGUCAGUUCGGACACUGAUGGGGUUUACAGUUGCCGGAUGUCUUGUCGUGGGAGUCCAGUUUUAUAAUUAUGUCAAAAAUGUGAGACCCACCAAACUGGAAGUCUGGAGGAAAGCUAAAGAGGAAGAGGUGGCCCUGGAGCAGCACGAGAAAGAGCUGGAGUUGCUGAGGAGGCAGCAGGAAGCAGAAAGCACAAUCACUUCCUGA